GGUAACUUCCCUGAAAGAUCUGUUACACUUUUGUGCAAAAGGUAGCUCAGAAUCACCAAGUAGCUCUUAAAGAAACCUUUUGUGUGGGUUUUAUACAUAGAUGUUUUCAUGAAGAGGAGUGAAAAACCAGAAGGAUAUAGACAAAUAAGGCCUAAGACCUUUCCUGCCAGCAGCUAUAUUGGCAACAGCCGGCAAAUGUUGCAAGAAAUUCGGGAAUCUCUGAGGAAUUUAUCCAAACCAUCUGAUGCUGCUAAGGCUGAGCAUAACAUGAGUAAAAUGGCAGCGGAAGAUCCUCGGCAAGUCAGAAAUCCACCUAAAUUUGGGACCCAUCACAAAGCCUUGCAGGAGAUCCGAAACUCGCUGCUCCCAUUUGCAAACGAGACAAGUUCUUCCUCCCGGAGUACUUCAGAAGUUAAUUCCCAGACGUUCCAAGAUUUGCACACUACUGGAUUUGAUGAGGAUAUGGUUAUACAAGUUCUUCAGAAAACUAAUAACAGAAAUGUAGAUGCAGCCAUGGAAUUCAUUAGUAAAAUUAAUUACCAGGAUCCUCGCCGGGAGCAGAUGGCUGCGGCAACUGCCAGACCGAUGAAACCAGGGCUGGUCCAGCAAUCAGUUAACCGUAAACAGAGCUGGAAAGGUUCCAAAGAAUCCUUAGUUCCUCAAAGACAUGGCCCACCACUAGGAGAAAGUGUAUCAUACCGUUCUGAAAGCCCCAGCUCACAGGCAGAAGGAGGAAGACCAUUGUCGGGAUCCGGGAUAGCAGCAUUUGCUCAAGCUCACCCGGGCAAUGGGCAGCGAGUGAACCCCCCACCCCCACCGCAGGUGAGGAGUGUCACUCCUCCUCCUCCUCCAAGAGGCCAUACUCCCCCUCCGAGAGGUACGACCCCACCACCCCACUCCUGGGAACCAAGCACUCAAGCAAAACGCUACUCUGGCAACAUGGAAUUCGUCACCUCUCGAAUAUCUCCCGUUCCCCCCGGGGCGUGGCAGGAAGGCUAUCCCCCACCACCUCUUAACGCUUCCCCAAUGAACCCACCCAAUCCGGGACAAAGAGGCAUGAGUUCGGUUCCUGUUGGCAGACAGCCGAUCAUCAUGCAGAGUUCUAACAAGUUUAACUUUCCAUCAGGGAGGCCAGGAAUGCAGAAUGGUGGUGGGCAAACGGACUUUAUGAUUCACCCCACUGGUGUCCCUGCUGGCGCUGUGAACCGGCAGCCACCCCCGCCGUAUCCUCUGACCUCAACGAAUGGACAAAGCCCUUCGACGUUACAGCCUGGGGGGACUGCCGCCCCCUCGUCAUAUACAAAUGGAAACAUUCCUCAGUCCAUGCUGGUGCCAAACCGAAAUAGUCAUAACCUGGAACUUUAUAACGUGACUGUGCCCGGACUGCAAACAACGUGGCCUCAGUCGUCGUCCGCUCCAGCACAGUCAUCCCCGGGCAGCGGCCACGAACUCCCUCCGUGGCAGUCCAACAUACCAGUGAGAUCCAAUUCUUUUAAUAACCCAUUAGGGAAUCGAGCCAGUCACACUGCUAAUUCUCAGUCGUCAGCCACCACCGUGACGGCCAUCACCCCCGCUCCCAUCCAGCAGCCUGUGAAGAGCAUGCGUGUAUUAAAACCAGAGCUACAGACGGCGCUCGCCCCGACGCACCCCUCUUGGAUACCACAGCCAAUCCAAACGGCCCCGCCCGGUCCUUUCCCUGAGGCCCCCCCUUCAGCUCUGACGGUUAUGGCACCUGUGGUUGAAGCUCCAACCUACCAAGGCCCACCGCCACCGUAUCCGAAACAUCUGCUGCACCAGAACCCUUCUGUCCCUCCGUACGAUUCCAUCAACAAAUCCAGCAAAGAUGAUCAGCCGAGCGGGCCCAAGGAAGAUGAGGGUGAAAAAAGUUACGAACAUGUUGAUAGUGGGGAUAAAGAGAAGAAACAGAUUACAACGUCACCUAUCACUGUGAGGAAAAGCAAGAAAGACGAAGAGCGAAGGGAAUCGCGGAUUCAGAGUUACUCUCCUCAGGCAUUUAAGUUCUUUAUGGAGCAACACGUGGAAAAUGUUCUCAAAUCUCACCAGCAGCGUCUGCAUCGCAAAAAACAAUUAGAGAAUGAAAUGAUGCGGGUUGGACUAUCUCAAGAUGCCCAGGAUCAAAUGAGAAAGAUGCUGUGCCAAAAAGAGUCCAAUUACAUCCGUCUUAAAAGGGCUAAAAUGGACAAGUCUAUGUUUGUAAAGAUAAAGACGCUAGGAAUCGGAGCCUUCGGUGAAGUCUGUCUCGCAAGGAAAGUGGACACUAAGGCUUUGUAUGCCACAAAGACGCUCCGAAAGAAAGACGUCCUGCUUCGGAACCAAGUUGCUCACGUUAAAGCUGAGAGAGAUAUCCUGGCUGAAGCCGACAACGAAUGGGUGGUUCGUCUCUAUUACUCAUUCCAAGACAAGGAUAAUUUAUACUUUGUGAUGGACUACAUUCCUGGGGGUGAUAUGAUGAGUCUCUUAAUUAGAUUGGGCAUCUUUCCAGAAAAUCUGGCACGAUUCUACAUAGCAGAACUUACCUGUGCAGUUGAAAGUGUUCAUAAAAUGGGCUUCAUUCAUAGAGAUAUUAAGCCUGAUAAUAUUUUGAUUGAUCGUGAUGGUCAUAUCAAGUUGACUGACUUUGGCCUCUGCACCGGCUUCCGAUGGACUCAUGAUUCUAAGUACUAUCAGAGUGGUGACCAUCCACGACAAGACAGCAUGGAUUUUAGUAAUGAGUGGGGUGACCCUUCCAACUGUCGCUGUGGGGACAGAUUGAAGCCACUGGAGCGGCGAGCAGCACGUCAGCACCAGCGGUGUCUAGCACAUUCUUUGGUUGGGACUCCCAAUUAUAUUGCCCCGGAAGUGCUGCUGCGCACAGGAUAUACACAGUUAUGUGACUGGUGGAGUGUUGGUGUCAUUCUUUUUGAAAUGUUGGUGGGACAACCUCCUUUCUUGGCACAGACACCUUUAGAAACACAAGUGAAGGUUAUCAACUGGCAAACAUCUCUUCACAUCCCACCACAAGCUAAGCUGAGCCCUGAAGCCUCUGACCUUAUUAUUAAGCUCUGUCGGGGACCAGAAGACCGCUUAGGCAAGAAUGGCGCCGAUGAAAUAAAAGCACAUUCGUUUUUUAAAACGAUUGAUUUCUCCAGUGACCUAAGACAGCAGUCGGCCUCAUACAUUCCUAAAAUCACACACCCCACAGACACGUCAAAUUUUGAUCCGGUUGAUCCUGAUAAGUUAUGGAGUGAUGUAAGCGAGGAAGAAAAUGUCAACGACACGCUCAACGGGUGGUAUAAGAACGGGAAGCACCCUGAACAUGCCUUUUAUGAAUUCACCUUCCGGAGGUUUUUUGAUGACAAUGGUUACCCGUACAAUUACCCAAAGCCUAUUGAGUAUGAGUACGCCAAUUCACAAAGCUCAGAGCAACAAUCGGAUGAAGACGAUCAGCACACGGGCUCUGAGAUCAAAACCCCAGACCUAGUGUAUGUUUAAUGUGCGAGGGAGGAAUCAAACCCCAUGGUUCUGUAAUGAAGAUUUGCAGAGCUGCCCCAAAUGCAGGGUUUUUUGUUGUUCUGAGAGUAAAAAUAUGCAAAUGUGACAGAGCAAGGUUUGUAUGCUCUGUGCACACUAUUUUAUUUUCCUAAAUUAUGGGAACUCUUGAAAAUGCUAAUUUAUUCCUGCCUUUUUAAUCAACUUAGAAAAAAAUUGUUAUAAGGAAAGUAAAUUAUAAACUCAAUAUUAUAGUCAGUUCUUGGUACUUAAAGUACUUAAAAUUAAAAACAAAAUAGUGCUUUCUUUUAAGAGGAAAAAGCCUGCUAUGUAUUUGUAUAUAUGCUCAGCCUUUUUCUUUUAAGAAUUUUUGGAAAAAACUUUUUGAAAGACAGUUUUAGUUUCAUCUUGCUGUAACCAAAUAUGAAACAUACCCUAUAUUUGAGGGUUGUUUUCUUUUUCCAUAACUUUGUUUUUGAUACAAAAUAAGCUAGAGAAAUAAAGCCAUGAUAAUGGUGUUCCUGGGCUAACGCUAAUCUGCACAAUUCACAUCCUGGAACUGGAAAUACAGGGUUGAGACUUAUGUUCAUCAGAAGGAAAAGGACGGCUGACCUUUUCCCCAUCAGUGUCAUAUAGGGGUCUUCGAGAAGUUCAUGAAAAGAUGGAAUUAAAAAGAUGAUGAAAUUUUUUCACGAACUUUAUGAAGCCUCCUCAUAUUUCUCAAGAAUCACUGGCUUUCAAAGAAGCCAGAGCACUCCCCGUUUUCUCCCAUCAACAUCCUCCAUGCUGCCUCCAUCUAAAAGCAGCAAAGCUGCCCUUAGUGAGCAUCGUGGACUGCUAAAGGCUAAUAUCUUUCGUGGUUUUGUUUUAAAGUUUGAAAAUAUAUUUUCAACCUCCCUAAGAGGUGGUCUUUCUCAGUUUCACAUGAAACUGAAGAGUAGUUAUUCGUGGGCACCCACUAGAAAAGUACUCUUCUGUUGUGACUGCUUUGGAUCCCGCCGUCAGUCCGGCUUCCCCUUUCAGAUUGCGCUUGGCAGUAUUACAGCUUCAGGACAGAUUAAUUGGCGAAGAAAAUAAUUAUUAGCUUUUAAUGGCCAGAAUGAACUAGAAAAAGUUACAUGUGGUUUUAGUAGGAACUUCAGACCCUCCUUACUAUCUGGAACAGUGGGUUAAGCACUGCUCUGCUAAUCAAACCCACCGUCUGCUCCGAGGCAGGAAGCUGAGGCUAUCUGCCCUGUCAUGAUUGACAGGUGGGAGCAGUUCUGCUGUGUCCCAUAGAGUUGCUAUGGGUCAGAAUUGACUCGAUGGCAGGAAGUUUUGGGAGAACUUCAAGUAUUUUACUGUGUUUUUAACAUUGCCUGUUAUCUGUGCUUGAAUUUUACCAAAUCGCGUUAGCUUGUCGUUUAGAAAAGGGCUCUCUGCUGACAUGAGUAGAUGUUGUAUCUUGUUUACUUUUUUCAGCUCCUCUAAUCAAGAAUUGUUUUAUCAAGACAAAAUUUGCAGAUAAGAGGCAUAAUUCUAGUGAUUGUCAAGCCCUUACCUUUCUUCAUUUAAAAACAAAUGGAAAUCUAGACCAGUGUACAUCAUACUAAAGGCCAAACUGUUGUCAUUGGGUGGGGAGCGGGAAAGAUACAUUGAUCCAGCUCACACUUCCCGGUAUUCUGCGUUCUUCAGGUGGCCCUCUCAGAAGCCAGCAGGAAACCCACUGCCAUGUAAUGGUGGGCCUGUGGGAGUCACUGCUUCUUUUGAGAAUGUGACUAAAGUGGGCUCUUCCCUGAAAACUGCAGACCAGCACAUACACAUUGCUGCUCUAUACAUUCCCAGGGGACUGGGGAAACGUUGAAACUUAGAUCUGUCCUAUGAUAAAAUUGAUUUAUUGAGUGCCAUCCAGAGCCAGGGAAGCAGCAGUGGAAUGAUGUGCGAGAAGUAUUUAAUGAAAAAUGAAAAUAGCAUUAAAUGUACAUCAAUCUUGGGAGACCCAGAGCAGGCCAGAGAUCCAGAGCAGAGCUCUUGUCUUCCCUUGGCUGUGGACACCGACCUAAGGCAGUUUCCGAGGACAUCCCCAGCCGAGGGCAGCAAGGUGGUCAAACUGCCUGCCCCUGCAUCCCCUUCCAACCCCAAACAUCAGAAAGACAGCCAUGGUGACCCCGAACACCAACAACAAAAAAGAAUUAUAUACAAAUGUGGGUAAUUUCUCUGUACUGAUCCUCAAAACAACCAAUAAAAUACCAGUUACCAAUUUUUUAAAAAAAUUGAUGUAUUAAACUAAAAUUUUGGUUUUUCUCAUUCAAAACUCAAAUUAUCACAUCCUCAACACUUACUUCAUGAUGGAAAAGGCCUGUGUAGCAUGUGACAGGCUGUCCCAGUGAGUGGCUGUUUCUAGGUGUUACAGAACUAUUUCCACAAGACCUCCCAUCAGAGGAUUGUGAAAAUGCACUCUAAUGACAAUGGUGGUCUUUGGGGCACAUUGGCUUGGUCGCAUAAAAUCCUAUGCAAAACAAACGAGCUUAAGGAUUUUGAAAUUUUAUAACUCUUGUUUUAAAGCUCUUGCUUCUGGUUGUAAUUGUUUUGUAAUUUAAGUUGUUUCACUUCUGGGCUGUGGUGCAACAGCAAUGUAAAACCCACUCUUUACACUUGCAUUGUUGGAAGGAACGCUAAGGUGCUGUGUGCCCCUUCCCUCCCUAGCCCCAUCCGGAUGGCCUUAUUCCUUAGAUAAUGUAGACACUACCAAUUGCUAUCCUCUCAUAAAUGCCCUCCACUGGUACAAGCCUGUGUGCAUCUGAAGCAAUAUGCACGCCUUUGGCAUCUGCAGUGUUCAUGGCGGAGACAUCCUCCUGCCUACUUUAUUCCCAGAUUGUAUCCAGCUCUUCUAUGAAAUCUGGUGCUUCCUGACCAAACUAUGAGAGCUACAACAUCAAAGAGAUGCUGUCAACUGAAAUAGUGAAAACAUUGGUUAUACAUGUUUUCUUUCUUUAAAUGAUUCCCCCCCCCCCCAAAUACACUGUCUGGAACUUUGCCCUUUUUAAUAUAUCUGAAUAGUAUUUAUAAAAUGUGCUAUAUAAUUAUGUAACUGUAGGUAAUGUUAUGUAUUGUCCUCUGGUACCUUAAGGCAGCCCCUUCUGCUGUCUUCUCUUUUUCUACCUUCUCUAUAUAGAAACUCUAGAAUGUAUGACUCAGAAGUCACUUUGAGAUUGACUUUUUAAAAAGUUAUUACCUUCUGCUGUUGCAAAGUGCAAAACUGUGAGUGGAAAUGUUUUAUUCUGACUUAAUAUGUUAGAAACUAGAGAAUGCAGUGUGAGGAUUUGUAGACAUUGCUGCUUUUGUUACCCAAGAUGUACCUUUAGAAAAAUGUUAAUUAACAAAAAACCAUGUCGUAUUUAAAGUGAAAACAUUUAGCCUGUUUGUUUUAACCAAAAGCGAAGAGUAAUUUGGGUAAACAUAUGGUCUAUUUGUAAAGCGCCUUAAUAUAUCUCUUUGUGGAAGGCACUAUACGAGUUUACUUUUAUAUUGUAUUGUAUAUAUGUUUGUUUUUUAAUUGAAUCAGUGAUCACACUACAAUUUUAUAAAACAAUGCUUUGUUAGGGAAAGGAAUUACAACUUUGCAAUAUAAUGAAAUUGUUUUGCGUACUUCUGAAUGUAGUAGAUACCAAUAAUCAGCCUGUGUUUUUAAUGACUAUUUGUAUUUUCUGAAUCAUUUUCUCUAGUGUAACAUUUGCUGGAAUAAUAAAAGCAAAAACAAAAUUCAAACCUUU